AUGGUGUAUGGAAGCCCUAACAGCCUUCUUCGUAAAAAACUCUUUGCAGAUCUAACCGCUAACAGUCCCAGAAUACAGCCGAACUGGCUCGUAUGUGGAGAUUUCAAUUCAGUCACUAGUAGGGAGGAAGUGAGUAAUCCAGACUGCUUCAAUAAUGCAAAAUGUGCAGACUUCAAGGAAUGGAUUUUUCAAGAGGGCCUCGUAGAUCUAGACUUUGAGGGACCAAAGUUCACAUGGAUGAGAGGCAUAAACACCAACUCCUUCAGAGCAGCAAGGCUUGAUAGGGCAUUAAGUAGUGUGGAAUGGAGACUCAAUUUCCCAAAUUCUGUCGUCAAACACCUACCAAUAAUCAAUUCUGAUCACUCGCCACUUCUAAUAGAUUGCACACCAAGGCAACAGGUCAAUGAGGAAAGGAAAUUCAAGUUUAACAUGGCAUGGACCACACAUGUCGAUUUCCAAGGAUGUGUGCAACAAGCAUGGGCAACCGAUAAGGAACUGAAGGAAAAUAUACAGAAUGUGACAGCAAAGCUUCAAAUUUGGAACAAGACUGUAUUUGGUAAUGUGUUCCACCGGAAAAAACGUUUACUUGCCAGGAUAAAAGGUAUUCAAAGGAGUCUAGCACAGUAG